UGACGUCAGAGGAAGUCCAACCCAUUUAUAAACAUCCGUUUACGGUAUGGUUGGCAUCCAGCAAUAUGAAUACCAAACGUUCUAAAAAUAAAUCGAAAAUGUCUGAUGCCCUUCAUGAAGAAGUGACGCAAGAGGAAGAGUCAUCAACUGGGAUCGCAGGCGAUUUGGUGGUUAGUUCACCGUUAGAAGAUGAGAUGCCACCUGUGAGCGAGAAGGGAUCCGAUGCGGGACACGGUAACCGAUUUCAAUCAAAACUUUUAAUGUUGUUUUGCAUCCGCGCAAUCAAUGCCGGAUACAGAUUCUAUUUGGGCACGGAACUCCUUGACCAAGGCAACAAGUUCGACGAUUUGAUUUUCAAAUUUAAAAGAGAUGAAAACGCGGGAAGUAAAGGAGAAAGCUGGCCUUAUCAAUAUUUACAAGCCAAGAGCCGAAUGCACGAAACAAGAGAUAAAAUAACAGCUAAAGAUUUAUUCGCUGUACCAACGAAAGAGCAAAAGAAAAAUGAAAAAAUUAACAUUGAUUUCAGCCUACCAAAAUAUUUUCGUUCUUAUCGUGAAAUAACAAGAAGAGGAGACGAGAUUGACAGUUGCAUCAUUUGCACAAACAUUGACUUUGCAAAUAAAGAAAUUCUUAAGGGAAAUGGAAUUGAAGUCAAUGAAGUGCUAACUGAUUCCAUUUUAAAAUUCGAAAAACUAUCAGAUGGGAAAAACCCAACUCGAUAUAAAAUAGAAAUUAAAAACGAAGGGCAAAAAAAUAUAUUAAAAGAAGAGACUACCUCUAAAAUAUUGGCCGAAAUUUUGUGGGAGUUGAACGACGGAACAGAAUCUAAAGUACUUUGCACAAAUCAUGAAACAAUGCGAAAUUAUCACAUUGCAUUGAUAAAAGAAAACGUAAUCAAUCCCGAGACAAAAAAAUUUCACGAAGAUUUCAUUAAUCGGCAUGAUGGACUAUCUGAAGGUGCCAAGGAAUUGCGUAAAUAUUUGCUGCAAUUCAGUAAAAACGUUGAAAACUUGGAAAAAAGGAUUUUCCAGUUUAAUAACAAUUUUGGCAAAACGCCACUAAAGCCCAUUGAAUUUAAUUAUGAUCUACCCGUUGCUGUGAAGGACGAGGAAAUCCAAGGAUUCUUGGAUAAGCUAGUCUUCGCAGUCAACACACCCAACGAAGGGGAACUGGAUGACGUACUCAAAAUUGAAGUUGGCAGAUAUUUCACAUUGCUCAGUACCGAUCUUCAGUCAGCCUUCGUCAUGAACGAAAUGGUCAACUGGUUCAAAAGAAAAGACAAUGUUUGGCUGUCGUCACAAGAAGCCAGAACACUGUUUUUAGAUAAAACGAAAAAUAUUAUGGAAUCGAUACGUGUCAAUGACUUAUCAAUCGACUAUCAGAACCAGUUGAAAAAAGACCUGAUGGGAUUAGAAUUUAAUAAUGAUUCAAUUCUAGUUAUGACUGAAAAAUUAGGACGGUUAUUCAAAGACACUUCAAACUCAGUUAUUGUUAUUGGAUCAGAUUCGCCUCAACACACGGCAGUCAAAUUCAUUGCUGCCAUCAAAACGCUUCCCGAUUUUAUAUAUGACGACAGUUUCUUGGUGACGUCAUCGAAGCGUCUAAAGGACGAAGUGGAAGCUAAAAAGUUUAAACACUGUUUGGAAUUAAAGGACGAUUCUCAUAAUCUACUCGUCGUCGUUUGUGAUGGUGAUGUAAUAUCGGCUAAAAAUUGCACAGAAUAUGCUAGUCUAAUUCCGAAUGGACAAAGAUGA